AUGGCACUGCUGAUAAAGAGCUGGAUUCUGGCAUCAGUGGUAUCUGCCGUCAUUGCUCAGACAUGUGAACCGUACAAGCCUUUGCAGCUCUUGGUCGCAACGACUGAUGAUUCACAGAGUUCUAGUUCUAAAGUUUGGACCGUGAAAUUUGACGAAUGCCUCCCUUCAAACACCUCCACUCCAAUCGCACUCACGUUUCGAUUAAAUCACCGUGUGGCAGUGGACUUUGACUUGGCAGUGACAGGAGGGAUAGCUGAUUGUAAUGAGCCAUCUCAGGAAAUCGUACAUGAUUACGAGAUACCACUGAGUCUGCUACAAUCAGGAUACAUCAAGCAGAUAACGUUAUUGAACUGCCCUGAUUCUGCUGACACGUAUAUCCAAAAUUCAUUCUUGUCAACGUGUCCCGAGCCCUUUGUGCGAGAGCAGCCUAAACUGUCAAAGAGACUCCCUGUUAGUACAACUGGAAAAUGUGGGACUGCAGUGGGACUCCAAUGUGCCGCAGGAUACUGUUGCAGCUCGGCGAAUUGGUGUGGGACAACCACUGCUUACUGUUCGACAGGAUGCCAACCACAAUUUGGAAAUUGUAGUAGUGUUCAAUCAGCUACCUCGCCGACCUCGAGCAAAUCUGUGCUUCCGCCCAUGGAUACUUCGCUGCCCGUCUCUGUCGAUUAUGCUUGUGGUUUAACUGCGGGCACCCGAUGUCCAACUGAUUACUGUUGUAGUACCGCCGGAUGGUGUGGGAAAUCGAGUGCUUAUUGUGCUGUAUCAAGCUGCCAACCAUUGUAUGGUAUUUGCGGUGUUGCUUCGCCGGCUGUGGCGGGCACAAGCAGUACAGCGACCUCUGCGGCUUCCUUCACUACCACAAAAUCAGCUAUACCAUCGUUCACCACCAAAUCGACAUCCACCAAUACCCCAAUCGUCACGUCGACAACCAAAGUAGUUACAUCAUCGCCUUCUACAGCAUCAUCGACGUCGACAACUACCAAUACCCAGGUUGUAUCCUCUAUGACCACAGUAGCUGUAGCGACCUCUGUACAAGCCUCGGUCACAUCCCAAGUAGUGUUGUCAUCGCCGUCUACAACUACCAAUACCCCAGUUGCAUCAUCUACAACCAAAGUAGCUGUAUUGACCUCUGUACAAGCCUCGGCCACCUCCAAAGCUGUUUCUGCUUCUCCAAAAAUCUCUACCACUGUAGCCCGAAGUCCUACAACACCAGCUCCAGCGCAAUCACCUACUCCAAGUUUACCGAUUUCAAUUAAUUACUCUUGUGGUCCCAGCGCAGGAACACAAUGCCCUGUCGGUUACUGCUGCAGUAUAUACGGAUAUUGUGGAACUUCGGAUGCCUAUUGCGCGGCGACAAACUGUCUCACAGGAUACGGUAUUUGCAAUGGUGCCACAUCGCCAAAUGUAGUCCCUUCAAGUUUGCCAUCAGCAACGAAAGCUCCGGUCGUGGGAGCCAGUGGUGCUCCAAGUCCAGUUGCAAGCAUCGCUCGUAGUGUCGCUCCCAGUGCAGCUGCUAGUGUAGCUCGUAGUGCAGCUCCAAGUGCAGCUCCUAGCCCCGCUCCUAGUUCUUCUAGCACUUUGACGUUUGACCAAAAACUGUCUCAAGGAAAGGUCAUAAGUCUGUACUGGGGUCAAAACACCCUCACUAAAGAAAAAAGCUUGGUUUAUUACUGUGAUCCCUCGCUUGGAAAUCCAAACACACAGGCUGAUAUUCUCAUAAUAUCCUUUGCGUACAUUUGGCCCAGCGGAGUCCUGCCAGGAACUGCGAGUCAAAUGCCGCUUCUUGAUUUAGCUGGUCAUUGCGGCUCUACCUAUGGAUCCACAAAAUAUCUAAACUGUCCCAGUUUAGGCACUGAAAUCCAAACGUGCCAGAGACUUGGCAAAAAAGUAUUCUUGUCUCUUGGAGGAGCCACCGGGACUUUCGACUUUGCCAGUGGGUCAGCUGUAGCUUUGGCAACAGCCGUGUGGAAUCUGUAUCUGGGUGGUACAUCUGCACCAUAUAGCAAUUACCGACCUUUUGGAACAGGUGUUGUGCUUGAUGGAAUCGACUUUGAUAUUGAGCAAGGUUCAUCUUCCGGCUUUGCUCUGGUUGGAUCCACACUACGAACCUAUAUGAACUUCGAUACCAGCAAAAAGUAUUACAUCUCUGCAGCUCCUCAAUGCGUUUACCCUGACGCCUGGGUGGGUCCUGGAACCGGAACCCUGCUGUCCGAUCCAACCGUCAAGAUCGACAUUGUUGGAAUUCAGUUCUACAAUAACUAUUGUGGUGUUUCGUACUGGCCAUCCGUGACAAACAAAGUUAUUGGAAAUUCGUACAAUUUCGCUUUAUGGGUUGACAGUUAUGUUGCGAGCGUGAGCUGGCCCGUCAAACUAAUAGUUUUGGUCCCUGCUACCACCGCAUCGGCUGCUAAUUAUGCCUCGCCCGAUGUCCUCAAACCACUAUUGGCCUACUCCAAGGCGCUCAGCUCCUCAUUUGCUGGGGUUGGAAUGUGGGACGCUGGAGAGGAUUCUUCGUCUAGUGUCAGCUUGGCCGGUGUCAGUGGCCUCAAGUUCUCCAAUGCCAUGAGGUUGAUAUUGAACCAAAUAUGA